GUGUUUAAUAAUUUAUCAGUUGCAUAUAACACCCAUUGCUCAUCACAUCACGUGCCCUCCUUAAUGCCCAUUACCCAAAAAGUGAACUUUAUGACCUGAGUGUUACUGUUGUGAUAUUCAGAUCUUAUUUGAAUAUAUUCAGUGUCAUUUCAUAUUUGAAUGAUGUUCAGAAAAAUCCACUGGAAUUUUCAUUCACAUGCUUAGUAUAUUUUAAUUUUACAUUCUUGUCUGCUCUAUUUAGAUUUGUUUUGAAAGUCUCUUUAAAUAUUUUUGCAAAAAUCACAAAACACUACAUUACAAAGUAUUAUUUAUUGAAUAUAAUUCACAAAGCAAUCUAUUUUUACUCCUCCUUGAAAAAUACUUGUGUUUUUGAUACACCUCCAUUAAGUGCUUUUAACAUGAGAGGGUAUUUUGAUAUUUUUAUAGAACUGAUUGUAAAGGUAACAGGUAUAGUAUUUUAGGACACUUUGCAGGUAGCCCUUGCCUUUUCACUGAGAUGUAGACGUGGAAAACUCCCUGGAAAUGAGAUCAAGAACAAACCAUCCAUUUCACUUGUGAUCUAUUUUGCAUAAUGGAAAAGCUUCAGCUCCUCAUUCUCACCACCAGGUGGUAUUUUUCAGAAACCAAAAUGUUAACUUUGCCUCUUCUGGUUGUUCAUCCCCUGCAUUGAGCACUGAUAGGAAAAGCAGCAGACUCGGGAAAGUAGAUAAAGACAGGCUCUCAGGAGAGGGGGGUAGAUAUAUGCUUGUUUAAAUAACCGCAGUACUUCAGAGAUAGGUUGCAAUGACAAGGGAGACAAAUGAAAUAAAAGCAAAGUAUUUCAGAAACCGUCCAAUGGGCAGCUAGGAAAAUGCAGACAACACGGGGGGGGCUGCCUAUAUAUAGUCUGCAAGAUUUAAAAAUAUACUUAUUUGUAUUCUUUUUGCAUUAUGAAAAAAAUGAAAUAAAUUUUGUGUGAUAGUUCUGAUGAUGAAAGGUGGAAAUUCUACCUAGCUUUGAACGAAUUUUUUUCUUAAGAAGAUAAGAACGUUAUGGUGCUAAACUUAACAAAAAAGAGACCAUUGAAAUGCUGAUAAUUUUAGUAGUCUUUUAAAAAGUGUUGACACGAGGCCCUAUAGCUUGGGGGUUAGAACACUGGUCCUGUAAAAAGUAUUGAGGGGGCAAAGACUACAAAUUAUACCAUUCAAAAACCUAUAACUCUGUUUCGGACUGCUACCCUGAGUGUCAGUUAACUCAGUUUGUAAUAACUAUUAAUGAUCUCUGUUUACAAUAAAGAUUCUGUAAAUUGUUUGCUGUUGAUUUUUUAAUGGUUAAAAUUCUAGCAGGUUUCUACUUAAUCAUACAAACAUGAUGAAUUUAUAGCUUGAGAAUACUUAAAUGCAUUGGUGUUUAUGUAAUCUGUCUGGAAUCCUGGAGCUCAUAGCUCGAAGCUGUACAGUUCCUGUUUGGAUAGUCCUACCCUCUGUGCAUUGCAGACUCUCUCUAGUGGCUCCUCCCUUCGUGUCCCAGGGGAAUGUGCACACUGUCACUGUGGCAAGAGGCCAGAGCCCGGAAGAUGAAAGGGCAAAGGUUUGCCAAGGGCAGGCAGGCUCCAAGGGUGGAUGGGUGGAGCCUCAAAGGCUCAGGUCUGAAUCCCCACCUGGCUAGAUCCAGACAGACCCAUUUGAAAACUGCCUAAGGACCUAAGGCAUUAUGAAAAACCUACAUUUCAGAGUCCUAACAAUGCUAAUAGGUCUUUAUUUUACUGGAACAAUGACAAACCCAUCCAGAAAAAGCAGUCUUUUAUUCAGUUCGGAGUGCCAAUGGAAUGGGUAUCUUCUGACAAAUUGUUCCUUUACCGGAAAGCAUGAUAUCCAUGUGGACAGACCCCAGCCAGCAGCCACAGUGGACACAAGGGCCAGUUUCCUUAGGGCUCUCUUACGGUCGCACAUGAGAAAAGAAGACUGGAAUACAAAACAUCUGGACCUCAGUAACAAUCGCAUUCCGAACAUCACCUUAAGCCCUCUUGCACACUUCCACGCUUUGGAAGUACUAAACCUCAGCAACAGUUCCCUCCUCUCCAUCGCGUUGGAUCUACGCAGUGCUAAGUCCUCGUGCAGGAAACGCCACAGAAGCAGCUGGAGGCACGGGCUUCCGUUUCUAAAGUUGUUAAUUCUUCAAAGAAACAAACUCGCCGACAUUCCCAAUGGACUGUGGAAACUGAAGUCAUUACAGAGUCUGGAUCUAUCCUUCAACGGGAUAGCGCAGAUCGGUUUGUCUGACCUUCGGCACUGCCUGCGGCUGGAAAACCUCUACUUAAAGAGCAACAAGAUAUUCAGGAUUCAUCCAGAAGCCUUCAAGGACCUCAAGAAGUUACAGGUGGUAGACCUCAGCAACAAUGUUCUGACCACCAUCCUGCCCAUGAUGGUCAUUGCUCUGGAGCUUCCCCAUCUGGAGGUGGACUUGGCUGAUAACCAAUGGGAGUGUGACUGCAGUGUGGCAGCCUUCCAAAAGGUCCUUUCUGAAUCCUGGAGGAAAACAUGGAAUGUCAUCUGCAGUAAGUCUGUAGGGAACGAGGAGGCAGACCAGUGGACCCUCCAAAGUGGAAUUUCCAAGGAGACCCACCUUCCUCACGGUCCUGCGAAGCCUGUGAAAAGCCUCCCGCCGGGCCAAUCCAAGAGGCCCCAGGCAGGCUGGUUUGAGCGCCCUGGCACCGCAUGGAGGAAGGGCCCCGCGGGCGCCCCAGCCAGCGAGAGGCCACGCCGACUGCCCAGAGGGGCCAGGAGCCCCAGGGAUGUGCCCACGGCUGGCAGACAGGGAGACACUUCCCAGGACCUCGCCCUGGCCGUCUGCCUGGCCGUGUUCAUCACGUUCUUCGUGGCUUUCUGCCUGGGGGCUUUCGCCAGGCCUUUCAUUGACAGACUGUGGCACCAGAGAUGCGCACGCAAAAGGCCCAGCUCCGACAAUGGGGACAACGCGGAUAACGCGUACUCAAACAAGGGCUUCUGUGACGACACUGAAGCUGCAGGGAACGCCCAGCACCUGAGGACAGAUCGGCCCCUCCAAGAGCCCGCCAGCCCCCGCGCUGCUGUCAUCCCCAACGGACCUCUAGGAGAAUGCGGAAGGGAGCCUGGCAGGUGGCAGAGCAGGGGGCCGUGUGGGGACAGCAGAGGGCCAGGAGGUGGGAAGGAGUACAUACUUCUGAGUGACAGCGCAGCCCAUUCCAUUCUCCAAGGACAGCCGAAUGCUGGUCAUAACCAACGAAUUCCAGCAGGGCAGGAUCACAUCCACAGGAAAGAUGCUCUCGGGGAAGUAAAUUAUGCAACUCUGGCCCAGGAAGGUUCUCCCAGCGUGCAUUCAGCGGGCGCCCCUGUGCGAGCUGGCAGAUUGCAGACUGUCUCUGGCUCAAUUCACAGUGACUCGGGUGAGUUAAAUGCACCCCUCUCAGGAGAAAUGGCAGCUUCUCUCUCUCAAAUGCAAACGCAUACGAAAGCACAGGGGGCUGGAGAGAAUGAGCGGUUACCUUCGGAGUUUUCCAAGGAAAUGCAAGUGGGCACUUACCUGAAUUUGCAGGACACACAGCAGCAAAGGCUCCAGGGGGCCAGUGCUGAGGAAGGGCUUCCCGCCUCCCACGGUGCGGUCCCACUCAGUGACGUGGAACCAGGGCAGAAACAUGCUCCUCCUGACCCUCAGUACCCAUUGGACAGCAGCUACGAUUCUGAUUCUGAUGAAGGGUCUUUAUUUACUCUAAGUUCAACAAGUUCAGAGGAUGCAAGAAAUGUGACUGAAGAAGAGGCACAUGGUGAGAAGAGCCACAGAGCCAGUGAGCCCCCGGAGGACGAGAACUCGGGGGUGAGGAAGGACAAUGUUACAUCAUCAGAGGAUCCUGAGGACAAUAUCCCCUGCCAGAAGAUUCUGGAGAAGUGUGAGAAUCAGGAGGACUGUUUUGAAAACCCUCUCAUUUCUGGUCCAGACUCAGGUUUGUGUGAGACUCAUCUGGAAGGUGCCUCUAACACCAACACAUUUGAGGGUCCACUGACCGUGCCUGGAUCACUGGGCAGUAACAGUCCCUCCGGGGAUGAGACCCCAGGCAUGGUCAUCUGCGAUUAUGCCGCAGCUCUCCGAUCUGAGGCCGUAGAGUGGCAUUACUCACUUAGAGACUUAGAAUUUUUAAAUGUAGAUGUUGUACCACAAACACCACCAUGGUCUGCUGAAGUUCCCUCAGAUCCUGACCAGAGCGACUGUCGUGAAAGAGACUCAGACAUUUAUAAAUAUGAACCUUGCCUUCAGGAAAUGAACACAGCUCAAAAUGAUGUUCCUCUCAAAAUCACUGCCGGUGAAAACUUAGGAGCCUCACAACAAAAUUCGGAAGGGGGCAACAUGAAUCCCCACCUGACGGACACUGAUGCGAAUGAGGGGUUGGCAUGCACUCUUGAGGACUCGGAUUCCAGAAAGGUUAGAAGCCGCACACAAUUGUUACAAUCCUGUAGUGAUGAACCGGCUCUUCAGUGUGAAAGAGGAGAGCGGGGUUAUGCUGAAAGCCGUUCCAGGAGCCAGGUGCCAUUAUUACAAGAGCUCCCAAGUGAAACCAGUUUACCAGGAACGCAGGAGCCCUUCAAUGGCAGAGAUUGGGGUAAAUACUCAGAAGAGAACCUGUUGCAGUUAGAAAAUAUUCAAACGCAGACCCAGGGCCACCUAUUGGGGGCUGGCUUGCUGUAUGAGGACCUACUCUACUACGAUGUGGAACUCGAAAAUCAAAGGGAAUUCAAGUAACAUUUUGAGUUCAGAUUGAAGCCCUUAGAACCGCUGAACAGAUUUUUUUUAAACAAAUUCCACACAAAGAACAGCACAGCUUUCUGGACGGUGAUCGUGAAACUACAAAGUUAGGGGGAUUCAGAGCAACUCUAAAUAUUUGUUCGUAAGUGAUGUUAAAAGAGGGACCAUUUUAUAGACCGAACUGUAAAUUAGAAAUCAGUCUUCAA